CGCCGAUAUCCGCGUUUUACGGAACCAAUAAAUGUGCUAAAAUUCUGUGCCACGCUUUUUGAAGUUCACAUUUGGAGAGAUUUUUUAAAUAUUAAACUAAUAUAUCUCAUGGUUAUUACUUAAUAUGGAAAUAUUUUGACUUGCAAAAUUCGUACCAGUUAUUCUGAGUGGCAAACAGGUACUGUUAUUGUAAGUGUCAAAGUGAGUGGUAAGGAUCAUUUAACUUUUUUUUAGUGAUAUACAUAUUUAAGACAAAUAAACUUGGAACCUAUUAUUUAAAUAUUAUUUUUUUGAUUUGUUUUACAUUUCUAAAUUUAUUAAGAAACUCAUCAGUUGUAACUAUUUAAUGCUUUAAUGGUAUAAUGGGUCGACACAUUUAAAGGAGAAUUCAAAAAACAUUUAAUUAGUAAUUUUACAUUGCCAUCUAACACAAAUAUUGGGUGCAUGAAUGGACACGUUCUGUUUCUUUAUACUAGCAAUGGUGAGUUGUUUAGCAAAACAGUUGCAAAAGUCAAUGAGCAUUUUAACUUGAAUAUUUGCUCCAGUCAUAUCAAAAAAGUAGUGUACAUAGCCAAAAACUGGUCUAAAAAUUUUUUAAGAAAAUAUGUAAGUUGUGUUGCAUUUUGUAAUGAGCCCUUUAUAAACCGUGAACCACUGAUUACAAUUUUAUUGCAGCCUAUCUUAAGUAACACUAAUUACACAAUAUCACAUUCUUUUGUUUUAUCAUUGUCAGAACACAGCAGUGUCACAUCUCUGAUACGUAAUGAACCUUCAUGUUCUGCUGGACAUGAAGCAAAUUUAACUACUAGGCAGACUUCAAUAGAAAAAUUGAGCCCUAGGAAGAAAAAAUUAACUAACCGGUUGUCUCAUUUGUCUUCUAGAUUAGCAGUUUCUUCAAUAGAAAAUCGUAAGAAGAUAGCUUCAAUGAAAGCAAAAUUAUCCAGCCUGCCAUAUAAAUUAAAAGUUCUAAGGCAAAGUGUUAAAAGAAAAGAAGAUAUUAUAAAAGCCUUAAGAGCUCAGGUUAGAGACUUAAAACAUAAAAACCAAACAUAUUAUUACAGCAGGCAAAUUCGCAAUCUUAUUGCAUCAAAAAAAGCAAUAAAAAUUAAAGAGAGAGAAAAGUUUAGAAAGUUAGCUCUCAAACAUAAUGCUGCGAUUAGAAAAAAUAAACGGAUAUUACUAGCUUAGAAGAUAGUUUGACCCAAAUGGACGAGGACAAGAUAAGUAUUACAAAUACAACUGAUUGUAAAAGCUAUCCAUUAAAAAUGAGAAUGAUAAUAUACUGCAUGUUAUUGUGUAAUGUCCCAACAAGUAACAUUCCAUUUUUAGUAAGCAAAAUUGGGCAAUAUUUCAGUGUUAUUUUUUCUCACAUUCCUUGUCGUAGCACUAUUGAGCAAAUGGCUCGUGAGCUUGGCAGUAUUGCUGAUCUGCAGGCAGCUGAAUGGAUCAUUAGUAAUACUCAUCUUACUCUUGGGUUUGACGCAACUACACAAGAAGGUGUUCAUAUCAACAGUAUUCACUUAACUUCAAAUGAUAAAUGCCAGGUAAUUGCUGUUGAUCAAUUACCAGGUGGGACAGCUGUGGAUUAUGCGAACCAUAUAUGUAACGAAGUGGAUCAUACAGCUUUAGUAUAUUCAAACUUUCACUUGAAACCCUUUGAAGAAUGUCGUCGUAUGGUCAUAUCAAAUAUUUCAAACACAAUGUCGGACAGAGUAUCUGUUAACCAUCUUACAAUAAGAAAAAUUGGUGAAACUUGGGGUAAAAGUCUCAAUGAAUUAAACUGUCAUUUGCACCCUCUUGACACAAUCGCCACAUCGUGUCGUUCAGCAUUAAAGUCUCUAGAGCUUGAUAGCUGCGAAUUAUAUGGAAAUGAUUGUAUAGCUGCAAAAAUUGUUUUGGCUAUGAAUAAGAUGAGGUUCAAAGAUGGUAAAGGUGACCCAAAGGGAUUUGUUAAUUUUUUAGGCAAUAAUUAACUACCACGAGGUAUCAUUCCAAGGUAUCGUGGAAAUCGCCUUCACAUUCUGUUCCACACUUGUUUUAUUUUUAUAAAACAUUAUAACAAAUUUUUACAUUUUUUAACUAUAGGAACAGUAAAAAUAAAAACUUUACAAAGGGUUCUGCGAGUAGCAUUUUGUAAUACAACUGCUAUAAAGCAAAUGUGUCUACUUGCUUUAUUUGGAAAACUUCUUACAGGGCCGUGGAUGACAAUGUUUUAUGUGUCAUCUGAGAAAGCAUAUUUUGAUCAUGUUGGUGGUAUCCAGAUUGUUAAAAAUGUUGUGCAAACAAUUAAAGACUGCAAAUGCGAUCCAGCUGCAAUAUUUUGCAGAACAACAGAUUUUUUUGGAAAUGCUCUCAAAGCAAAUGUGUUAAAACCAUUAACAAAAAUAUGUAGAAUUGAUGACGAGCUCAUUGCCAUGAUCUUGGCUUGCCUCAAUGCAAUAGAAGUGGUUUUAAAUCGACAGUAUAAGCGCUAUUUUUCCAUUACCAUUACAGAAGCACUUGAAAAAGAAACAGCUAGUGCAAGGCUUCAUAACAUAGAUAGUGAAGAGUUAAUGGGAAUGUUCAGUGCUGCAAAAGGAAGAUCUCCUAAUGCAUCUAUUGAUUAUAUAUCUUGCAAAUUACGAACCAAAAAGAAUGGGACAAUAGAUUAUCUGGAUAAUCUUGAUGACUUUUCUAAAAAAAUGGUAGUUCAGUGGUCUAUUCAGGCAGCACGUAAAAAACGAAUAAAAACUCGACUACAACAUACUGAAAUUAGAGCUGAGAUUUCUAAAAGACAGACUAUAAAACGCCAAAAAAUUGAUGAAAAAGAAAAAAGAAAGUUAGAGCAACAAUUAACAUUAUUAACUAUUAGUGAAAUUCUGAAUUUGUUUAAAAACUUAUCUACUAAGCAAAUUGAUGAUUUAAAUAAUGUUAUGUGUGAAAGAAUUGUUGGGAGAAAUCUUUGCCAUGAAUGGUAUGAUUCCGAUACAGCAAUGACAGUCUUGUAUAAUGGCAGAGUAGAAAAACUUAAAAAAGCUCAGAAAGAUAUUAUAUACACUAUUUCUUAUUGGACUAGAGAAGAAAAUGAUACUGAAGCAGUUGAUUAUUAUAUGAAAAAAUUCCAGGUAGUUGCUGACAUUGUAUCCGGUCAGAGGGGGAACCAUCUAUAACUAUCACAAAGCAUUGUGUGAUGUAUUUUGAGUUUUGCUUCUUUUUUUUAGGUUGUCAAAAAAAAAGGAAGAGGGGGGGCAACGACACGCCCUCUCGCCCAUCUACACCCUUGAAACAAAGGGUGCGCUGCUAGUGAUUUUGUAAAGUAGUAAAAUAUAAUUUUUGAUUUGAAUACUAGAUUUCUUUUUAAUUAUAAAGAUAAAUAUUUAUAUAAA